ACUAGCAAAAAAAGGGCGCUGUGCAUGUGCUGAUUUAUAUUAAAGCCCUCCUCAAAGGCUCGAAACUCACUAUCAUUUUUCCGCCUUCAAAAACUCGCGCCCUUCAAAGCUCCUUUCAGGCAGCGAUUCUGUUUGGUGGAUCAGGAGAUGGAUACGUCAAACCCUUCAGUUUUUGUCAAUGCAGAGCUGCUGCGCUUGUACGUUGGUCGCAGGGUCCGGGCAGUGAUUCAGGUUUUGCGAUCUGAUGGUGGAGUAGUUACAGGAAAGUCUACUGAUGAGAACCAGAUAAUUGUAAAAGGCUCUCCACCGGUUCCUCUCUCAAAUUUUGUUGAGGUUAUUGGUAUUGCUGACACUGAGAAAUCCAUCCGUGCUGAAAUAUGGAGCAACUUUGGCAACACAUUUGACACACAUACAUACAAUCAGCUUUGUCAACUUGCAAAUGGGGAAUUUAAACAUUUGUUCCUUUGAGAUGGAUGGAGCUUACUCUGUGAUGCAGCUAGAAACUGCUUCCUACCUAAUGGCAACAUGAACAGAAGCGAUGAUGAUGCACUGAAUCACUUGUUUAGCUUUUAUACAGCCCCUGGAAAUUUCUCAAACUAGAGUUUAGGUCAACUAUCAGUAAUGUGAUGGCUAGAAUUUAGAAUUUUCUGUUUGACAAUUGUAGAAGUCAUUCAUGUUUACAUUCAACAUUUUCCGUAAGUUGAUGUGUCAACUCGAUUUUCUAUGUUGAUUUUAAGUAGUAUGAUGGAUUUUUCCUCCAUAUACUAUUGUUAAA